AUGGAAGACUCCGGAAACGCCAGCGAUAAUAACAUUGUUGUCAUCAAAACCAAAGAGCCGAAAAGCAAAAGUGAUUCUUCUUCAUCUCCUAAUAAAGGUUUUGACGUGAACAUCACUCUUUGGCAAUUCCUUUUGGAGCUAUUGAUGGAACCCAGCUCACGUGAUCUGAUCAGCUGGACUUCAAAAGAGGGCGAAUUCAAGCUGCACCAGUCGGAAGAAGUCGCCCGUCUUUGGGGAAUGCGAAAAAACAAGAAUAACAUGAAUUAUGACAAGCUUUCCCGGGCACUGAGAUAUUACUACGACAAGAACAUCAUCCAAAAAGUCUCCGGUCAAAAGUUUGUCUACCGCUUCGUCCAAUUUCCUGAAAACUUCAACCACUCCGAAAUCGAAGUCGACACCACAGUCGAAACCCUUCCUUCUCCACCUUCCCUCACUCUUGCUAGUUAUCGAUUUUCGCCAGAAAAAACAGCGGCUUCUCCAAAGCCGGCGGAUUCUCCGGCCAAGACACCUCGCAAAAGACAGCGACCAAAAACGGAGAAGAAAAAGGCUCUACCAGCUAUUGAACCGACUUCUCAAGGAGUUCCGGCUGAAACUCUUUCUGAAAUCCUGAGCCUAGCAAAUCAACUUGGCAUGGGAGAAGGAGCCGAGGGACUACAGAACUUGCAGAACCUCCAAACUCUUCUUGCGCUCCAGCAGCUGCUCGAAAUGACUGGCUCCGCAAACAACGAAGAAUCCAACUCUGCGACGAUCGAAGAAAUCGAGCCGGACACAACUUCUUCUGAAUAUUUUUCGUCGCCGGAAAACCUGACUGAGCAAGAAAAGCCCCUUGAUCUCUCGAAACCAAAAAAGAUCAAGCUCGAUAGCGCUUGA